AUGCCUUCCGUUCUUGGGUCAAGCGCAUGUUUUAGUCCAAACUUCAUCAUUAAGCAAACUAGUACGUUACUCGAUCUCUCAGAUGAGACCCUGUCCAGAGUUUCUAUAGUCGAUUACUUAAUAUUAGUGACGGUUCGUGAACUACCAGCUUCAAACUCUGACCCGGGUAAUGAUGAAGCUGUAGUCUGCUGGGAUAGCGAUGUGGAGGAUCAGGCCCCACCUGUUGUGAGGAAGAGCGGGAUUGCUGAGCCAGGGAGAUGUCGGACUCGUCACUUCAGCAUGCAGCCAGCCACCAUCGGAGAGCUGAUUCCGGUGCUCCCGAAUCUCCAUUCAAUCACCAUCUGCCUGUGCUGUGUUGCCAUUGUUAAGGAUAUUUUCAAGAUACUGGCUAACGAUGAAAUCAGAUAUGGAUCUGUUAGUACCUUCGGGUCUUCAACCGUGUUCUCGAGUCUUGCAUUUAUUCUGAGCAUUGCCCUUAGGCUUAGCCAUCUUGAAGACUAG